UGCGGGGAACAGCCACCAUUUCCGGCCCUCGCGACAGGAAGUGACGCCGCUGCUUCAUCCUCCCCACCGGGACCGGCGACCGUUGCCGGCAGUUGGUUGCAGCCACGCGGCGGCCGCAGUCAUGACGCAGCUCGACAGGGUCACCAAGCCCAAGACCAAACGGGCAAAGAGAUUUAUUGAGAAGAGAGAUCCCAAACUUCUGGAGAAUACCAAGAAUGUCAUGCUUAUAAAAGGAGGAAACACGAGUGAAACAGUGACUGAAGCUUUGAAAAACAUUUAUUCUUUAAAGAAGCCAAAUGCUGUUCUGUAUAAGAAGAAAAAUAUCACCCGCCCCUUUGAAGAUCAGACCUCGGUGGAAUUCUUUUCAAAGAAGUCAGAUUGUUCUUUGUUCAUGUUUGGUUCUCACAAUAAGAAACGACCACACAAUUUGAUAAUAGGCCGAAUGUUUGAUUACCACAUUCUAGAUAUGAUUGAGCUGGGAAUUGAAAAGUUCCAUGGUUUAAGUGAUUUUAAGAAUAGCAAGUCGGCAGAGGGUUCCAAACCUAUGUUGGUAUUUGCUGGAGAUUUAUUCGAAUUGGACAAUAAUCAUAAAAGACUGAAAAACCUUCUUAUUGAUUUCUUUCGAGGGCCCACGGUGCUAAACAUUCGUUUGGGAGGACUGGAAAUCGUUUUGCAUUUUACGGCUUUAGCAGGGAAAAUCUUCAUGCGAAGCUACAAAGUGCUGAUGAAGAAAUCUGGAUGCAGAAUACCCCGGAUAGAGCUGGAAGAAAUGGGACCUUCCUUUGACUUUGUGCUGAAGAGAACCCACUUGGCAUCUGACGACCUCUACAAGAAAUCCCUGCAGCAACCAAAGUCCCUGAAGGCCAAGAAGAAGAAGAACCUGUCCCGGGACGUGUUUGGGACAAGCUACGGUCGUAUACACAUGGAGAAGCAAGACCUCGCUAAGCUGCAGACCAGGAAGAUGAAAGGGCUGAAGAGAAAAGGGGCGAAGGUGGCUGCGGCAGCGCCAGCAGCAGCGGAGGAGGAGGAGGUGGUGGAGGAGGACCAGGCAGGGAGCAACCCCAAGAGUGCGAGAGUGGAGUGAGGGGAACACAGCACACACCACGACCACUGGCCCACGGAUACACCAAGCUUCACUUCCGGCAAGCACAACCACAUCAUUGUUCAGACACACUUCCACACAGAGUUAAUGUCAACAUGAUUUUAUCUCUGCUUCAGUUCUUGGGUGGGGUGGGGGGGGGGGGUGAUGUCUUCUGUACUGUUCCCCUCUCUUGUGUUAUGGAAGCUGCACUGUUUCAAUCAGCCCUGGUUGAUUCCAGCUGUCAUUUGCUGAGCAAAUUGUUCUCACAAACUGCACCUUCCUUUGGAGAGGCAGUUGUGGUGGACAAUAAUUGAUACCGUUGCCUUAUUUGUUAUAAAGAAUGAAUUGAACAAGAUA